UUCUCUGAAACGAGAGAAGAAAAGGACACAUUGAAACACAGAAGGUAGCAAUAAUAGGAAUCGGUCUAGUGGGAGGCAGAGAAACGAAAUAUGUCAUCAACCAACGUCCCCCCGAGACCCAAGAAAGGGGCAGAUGUCCCGACAAAACUAUCAUCUGUCCUCGACUGCAAACAAGGAGCUGUCAGAGCGGUCAGAUUCAAUGUGGAUGGAAACUAUUGCUUGACUUGCGGAUCGGACAAAACUCUGAAGCUGUGGAAUCCCGUUCGUCGAAUCCUGCUCAAAACGUACACCGGUCACGGUUAUGAGGUCCUGGAUGCCGAUGGGUCGUGCGACAAUAGCCAACUUGUCUCGUGUGGAAUGGACAAAGCCGUCAUCGUGUGGGAUGUGAGUGCUGGAACCACUGCUCGAGUGUUCCGUGGUCAUGCCGGAACUGUCAAUUGUGUGCGCUUCAAUGAAGAUUCAUCCGUGGUGGUCAGUGGAGGACUGGAUGGACAAGUCAAAUGUUGGGACGUGAAAUCCAGGAGAAUGGAGCCCAUCCAAACCUUGGAGGAGUGUAAAGACAGCGUCACUGCCCUUGAUAUGAGUGAUCAUGAGAUCCUGGUCGGAAGUGCUGACGGAAAAGUCAGGCGAUAUGACUUGAGAAACGGACAGCUGAUGACGGAUUAUAUUGGCACGGCCAUCACUUCGGUAUCGUUUACCCACGAUGGACAAUGUGUCUUGGUGAGCUCGAACGGCGAGAGUGUGAAGCUCUUAGAUAAGUCAUCGGGUGAGAUGCUGUCAGAAUACCAAGGGCACAUCAACAAGAAUUACAGGAUCGAGGCCGUUCUCAACAAUACCGACCAUUGUGUUCUCUCGGGCUCGGAGAAUGGCUUUGUGUACAUUUGGGAUUUGGUCGAAGGGACCCUUCUCCACAAAUUGGAUCACUCGGAUCCUGUGAAAAAGGUGGAGCCCGAGCCCACUGCAUCUAGUACCGGGUCGCUAGUUCCCGAUGCUUGGACCUCGAAUCGACCCUCUCAAUCUGUGGUCCAUUCACUAACUUUUCAUCCCAAAAACAUCGAGCUUCUCACUGCCGUGAAAGGCAAAGUUUUCCGGUGGACCAAUGACUUGGCACAAGACGAAGGCUGAAAAAUGGCACUGACUAAAACCGAGCAUUUAGACUUGGGCUGCUCGUAUUAUUCAUGACAAGUAAACGAGCUGUACAGUAUUCCCCCGCUUGAAAGAUAAUAUACUGGACUCACUGUCCUCCUUUGGCAUACAUCUUGGAUUAUAUUCGAGCAGAGUGGUGGUUUGUGCCUUUGGGAAUCUUUUGUGGUAGAUAAAAAGACUCCACUUGCUCCUGGUGGGCUCUAUGUAUGAUAAGCAGAUUCUGCUCGAAUAAGAUCUCAAGAGUUGGGAAGGCAUUUGCUUUUCCCUUUGUUUGGCUGGAGAUAAGCGUGCUCUCUCAUUGA